ACUCCGGAACCAAGUGACAGCCGUAUGUUUCUGAACGGAAGCUUUUAGAGGCUGGAAAACGUCAUUACCAACUAGUAUGCUAGCCUAGCUUCAUCUAGCCUGUCUGUCUAACGAUUUUAUAGUAGUAAUUCAACCUGUUUUUUACUUCAACGUUUAGGUUUAGAGAUGGAAAACAAUCAACUGUCCAAAGAAAGCACGAACCGGUCCGACCUGGUUUCUGACGACGGCAAGAACAGCAAGUCUGUCGUGUGUCAACGCUGCGGAUCCAAGGUGCUCUGCCCAGGGAUGGCUGUGUUUGCAGAGAAAGAGCUGUUCCUACCAUCCAUGCGUAAAAAGAGCGGUCUCAGCAGCACGGAGGGCUCAGUGGAUGGAGACACUCUGACCGCCCACUGGUUUGUGGAUGACAUGUACACUUUUGAGAAUGUGGGCUUCACUAAGGACGUUGGGAAUAUCAAGUAUCUCAUCUGUGCAGAUUGUGAGAUUGGACCAAUUGGCUGGCACUGUUUGGAUGACAAGAAAAGUUUCUAUGUCGCAGUGGAAAGGGUGAAUCAUGCAUAAUCUAAAUGCAUAUGUGAGCCCACAAGAACUUUAAAAAAAGAAAAAAAAAACCUGUCCGAAGGCUAUGCAUCUUUUCAUGGAUUUACACUCAGAGUUGACCACCACCUUAUCCGUCGCACACACUUACAUAUACUGUACUGAUAUGUGUACAUUGUUCGUGAUAACAGGACUGUGUCGCUUUCAUUCUCCCGUAUCACACUGACAAAAGUAUUCCCAUCCUGUUCUAAUAAAGAUGUUUUUGGGGAAGCUGAU